ACACCAAAUUCACAGCCAUUUCUUCCUCAGGUAUCUAUCCUCCUGAAGAAGAAGAAUAAGAAGCAGGACUCCGCCAUGGGGACUCGUCUUCCUCAAGUCGCGGCUCUUCUCGCUGCGCUCUUGGCCGUCAGCUUCGGCGCAGCGGCUUGGAAGGCCGAGGCGGCAGCGGCGCCGCCGGUCGUGGUUGGCUCGAUCAAGUGCCUCGACUGCUCCCCCAACGGUGUCAAUGCCGAAGAUACCCUCCAAGGCCUGCAGGUAGCGAUCAAGUGCAGAUCCGCCGCCGACGAGUCCUACGAGACGAAGGCGGUCGGCGCCCUCGACGACGCCGGCGUCUUCCGCAUCCCUCUCGCCGCCGAUCUCCUGCGCGACGACGGGAGCCUGGACGGCGACUGCUUCGCCCAGCUCCACAGCGCGCCCGACACGCCGUGCGUCGGCCAGGCGCCGCCCAGGAUCGCGCCCAGCCUGAGCCAGGACGGCACCGCCGACACCGCCAGCGCGACCUACCUCGAGGCCGCGGCCGACACGGUGUUCUCCCCCGUCGCGUGCGCCUGCGGAAAAAAGAAGAAGCACUUCAUGUUCGGCCCGCCGCCGCCGCCGCCGCCGCCCAGGCCGACCCCGAACCCCCCGACGCCCACGCCGACGUACGGACCCCCGACGCCCACGCCCACGCCCGUGCCGGAGCCCAGGCCCCCGGCGCCGGAGGAGCCCGAGCCGUUCUUCAAGAAGAAGCCGAAGAUGAAAUUCAUGCACAGGAAGAAGCCGUGCCCGCCGCUCGCCGACGACGACACGACCCCGCCCGCGGCAGGCGGGCAGCAGGAAAAGCUCGCCAAGAAACCGAACUAGGGCGCGCGCGCGCAGCGAGAUGUUGGCCUUUCUGUGUUCGGUGAUGUUGUUGUGUUGUCAGUGAUUGUUUUCGUGCUGUUCGCGCCGUGUGUCGCGGCGUCAUUGUUGUUUCAGUGCCGUUGCUUGUCUCUGUGAUUUGAGAAAUAAAGAUAGUGAUUUUUAAAGCAAA